UUUCCGGUGUCGAAGGUCAGCUUCCGGUGAAGACAUGGCGGCCCCCGAUGAGUUGUUUUGCUGGGAAGGAGACUGGGGUUUACCGUCCGUCAGCACCGAGUGCCUGGUGGUUCUGGCCUACGCUCAGUUCGCUGGAGCUCCGCUGAAGCUUCGGAAGAUCUGCAACCCCUGGAGGAGUCCCAGUGGUUCACUUCCUGCUCUGAGGACCAAUCAGAAAGAAACUCUGUCCAGACCCUCUGACAUCAUCAUCCACCUCAGGAAACAGAAAUACAACGCAGACUACGACCUGUCGGCCAAGGAGGGAGCCGACAGCCUGGCCUUCAUCUCCCUGCUGGAGGAGAAGCUCAUGCCGGCUCUGAUCUACACCUUCUGGAUCGAGCCAAAGAACUACGUAGAGGUGACCCGCCGCUGGUACGCCGAGCACAUGAUGUUCCCCCUGAACUUCUUCCUGCCGGGCCGCAUGCAGAACCGGCAGCUGGAGAAGCUGCGUCUGCUGAGAGGAGACCAGAACCUGGAGGCCGGAGAGGAGCUGGAGAAGGAGCUGUACCGGGAUGCUGCAGAGUGCAUGAACCUCCUGUCUCAGCGACUUGGAUCCCAGAAGUUCUUCUUUGGAGACUCGCCUUCGUCUCUCGACGCCUUCGUCUUCGGCCACCUGGCGCCGGUCCUGAAAUGGAAACUUCCCAACGGGAAGCUGCAGCAGCACCUGAAGAACCUGGACAACCUGACGGACUUCUGCACCAACAUCCUGUUGCUCUACUUCCCCAGAGACGGCCCGGCAGAAAACUGCGGUCAGAAAGCGGCGCCGCAGCCGGACGGCGGAGACUUCGACAACGUCCCCAACAAGCGGCGGAAGCAGUUCCUGUCGGCUCUGUUCGCGUUCGGCGCCAUGCUGAGCUACGCGCUGCUGACCGGCAUGGUGUCCAUCCAGCACGCCAACCAGGAGGCGCUGGAGGAGCCGCCUGAUCUGGAGCACAUCGGAUCCCAUGACCACGAAGAAGAAGGCGACGGCUGAAACUGAAGGACGAUACGGGACCUAGAAAUGUUCCAAAUAGAGUUUCUAGAUCUAUGGCACCAACCAGACACCUCGUGGGGGGAGGGAGAGGGGGGAUAAUUUAUCAGAGCUUCUGAGGAGACAGGAAGUGG